UACUGUUUUCCCGAUCCGCUGUCAAAAAUACUCUCUCUCCUUUGUGAAAUUUUCCAAUCAAAUUGCUAGUUCUUUUCUUAAUAUCUUUUAUUUUAUUAUUUUAGUUUUCAAUUUCUAUGCAAAUUUCGUAAUUUCGUAAGCUGAAGGGAUUCCAGUUAUCUGCCGUUGAGGCACAGAGGCGACAGCCGAUUGCGGAAAAAGUUUGUCAUGGACCCUUCCAUAGUAAAACUCCUUGAAGAAGACGAGGACGAGUCUAUGCAUUCUGGAGCAGACGUGGAGGCCUUCCAGGCUGCCUUGAAUCGAGAUAUCGAAGGCGAUACCUCCACUACUUCUCAGCCGUCUGGUUCAAAUACCGCAGUUUUGUCUCAAGGAAGCAAUCCAGCUUCCAGUCAGUCAGUUGCACAAUGGCCGACCAAGGGGCAAGAUGGAAACACCAACUUUCAAAAUCAACAAGCCCUUCAAAGUGCACAGCAACAACUGCAGCCUUCUUCUGAAAUGGAGCAAAAGCAACAGGGAGCUGUUGUUGCAGGGAAUCAGCAACAAGCACGACAGCCAAAUGAUGUUCCCCAAGAGAUUAAUCGUCUACCACUACAACAAAAACAACCCCAAGAUGAUCGUCAGCAAGGAGUAGCUGAACAAGUUUCUGCCCAAGUUCCUCAAUCGACUGGGGUUCAGACUACUGAAAAAAGUCCUAUCCCAGCACGUGAACCAGAGAGAACCAAUAAUCAAGACAGUGAAUCACAAUAUAUGAAAUUACAGAAGAUGAGUAAUCAGCAGGCUGGUGGGACAGAGCAGCCGAAUAAUCCUAUGAAUCGAGGAAAGCAGGUUCCGUUUGCUGUUUUGUUGCCUGCCUUACUGCCCCAACUUGAUAAAGACAGAGCCAUGCAGCUUCAUACCUUGUAUGGUAAACUAAAGAAAAAUGAAAUUGCAAAAGAUGGAUUUGUCCGACACAUGAGAGAUAUUGUAGGAGACCAGAUGCUGAGGUUAGCAGUUAACAAGCUACAAGUGCAGAUGAGUUCCAACCAAUUCCCAUUACAGUCCCAGGCGGCAGCACGGCAGAAUACUCCGAGGAUGCCAUCUGUUGGUGCUGGUGCCGCACAGUUCACUGGUCCACAUUCGUUAGCUCAGCUGCAGCAAAAAGGCCCUAAUUCUCCUGCCACUCCAUCCCGUGCUCCCUCUCCAGCAGUCCCCAUGCAGACAAAUUCAAGUUAUUCAUCCUCUCAAAACAAUGCUCAAAAAUCUCAAGAGAUGGACCGCCAAUCAGAUUCUCGCUUUGGAGUGCUAGGAAGCCAAAUUUCUUCCUUUAGUACAACCACCGUGAAUCAAGAAAGAGACCGCUCUUCAAUUCCAGUACAAGGACUUAACAAGCAGCAACAACAACAUUUGAAUUUCCCUCAAGCUUCUUUUUCCAUGCAUGGGAGCAGUAGUUAUCACCCAUACUCUGGACCUAGUGUUAAUACUUCGGGAUCCUCUUUAAAGCCGCAACCUCAUGAUUCACAAAUGAGGCAAACUGCACAUCAUCAAAGCAUGGGAUCAAAUCCUGUAGGAGGACCAACCCAGGCCAUGAACGUGAUGAGUGGACCUAAGUUUGAGAGGCAAAACUCUAGUCAUGACCCAAAUAGGUUGCAGGGUGGUUCUCUUUCUCACUUUUCAAAUAGUUCAGUUCCUUGGCAAGCGUCAUCAAGUAAGGAGACGAAUCCUGGCCCUUUGUCAUCAGUGACAUAUGUGAAACAGGAAUCCGUUGAUCAAGGUGCUGAGCACCAGCACAAACCUCAUUUGUCUGCAUCCCAGGGAUUGCCUACUGCACUAGGUGAACAGGGAAAUGCAGUUACAACUACUCCAAAGGAUGAGCCUUUAGAGAAGCAGUCUGCUAGAAUUGGCUUCUCAACGCCUAAUAGUAUGGUGCCUCCUAAUUCAGUUUCUUCCGUCACGACACAAGUGGAUUCUAAUGUCCCGUUGGGCUCUCGGAAUCCAUCUGUGCCCUCUUUGGCUGGAGCCAACACAAGAACACCUCAAAAAAAGCCUUCUGUUGGCCAGAAGAAACCACUUGAAAGUAUUGGCUCAUCACCACCACCAUCAAGUAAGAAGCAAAAAGUAGCUGGAGCCUUUUUGGAUCAGAGCAUUGAACAACUGAAUGAUGUCACUGCUGUCAGUGGAGUCAAUCUCAGGGAAGAGGAGGAGCAACUAUUUUCUGGCCCCAAAGAUGACAGUCGAGUUUCAGAAGCAUCUAGAAGGGUUGUGCAAGAGGAAGAAGAAAGACUGAUUUUGCAAAAAACUCCAUUGCAAAAGAAAUUGGCUGAAAUUAUGGCCAAAAGUGGUUUGAAGAAUAUAAGCAAUGAUGUUGAGCGAUGCUUGUCCCUGUGUGUGGAGGAAAGAAUGCGUGGACUCAUAUGCAAUUUAAUCAGACUGUCGAAACAGCGGGUUGAUGUUGAGAAGCCUAGGCACCAGACACUCAUCACCUCAGAUGUUCGGCAACAAAUUAUGAUGAUGAAUCGGAAGGCUAGGGAAGAAUGGGAGAAAAAGCAGGCUGAAGCAGAGAAGCUCAGGAAACUUAAUGAACCUGAGGCUGAGACUGCGGUUGAUGGUGACAAGGAGAAAGAUGACAGUAGAGUAAAAUCAGUAAAGGCAAACAAGGAGGAGGAUGACAAGAUGAGGACCACUGCUGCAAACGUUGCUGCACGGGCUGCUGUUGGAGGGGAUGACAUGCUGUCAAAAUGGCAACUUAUGGCUGAGCAAGCCCGCCAGAAACGUGAGGGGGGAAUGGAUGCAGCAUCUGGUUCUCAAGCCGGUAAAGAUGUGAACCACAGGCCUGUAUCUGCAUCUGUAAAAAAUACAAAGGACAAUCAAGAAUCAGAAAAGAGGGGCCCGCUCAGUCCUAUUGCAUCUGGGGCUAGUAGGAAAUUUGGCAGGAACCAAGUUGUCACACCGCAAACUAGAGUGGCUCGUACUAUUUCUGUUAAGGAUGUGAUUGCAGUUCUGGAAAGAGAGCCCCAAAUGUCUAAGUCUACACUUAUUUAUCGCUUGUAUGAAAAAAUCCGCUCCGAGGCUGCGGCUGAGUGAUUAUCUUGUACCUUUAUGCCAUGGUGUCUGAAUGUUUUCUAGCAGGGAUCUGAUUACAGAUAAUGGAAUUUGAGAUGCCUUGGCCGAUUUAUCCUUUAGCUUAAUGGCAGAGAGUUUGAUAAAACAGCUGGAUAAGUGGUAUUUCAAGGUUUAGGUGCUGUAUCAACCAGAUCUUUACUGCAUUAUCCAGGCUUCAGAACACCAACAUAAGGACCACCUAGAUCAUUUCAUGUUUAUUCUUUUGUAAUUAUUAUAAUUAAAAGUUGUAACAAAUAUACUUGUCUUUCAUUAAUCUUUAUUUCUAGCAAACUAAACACUGUUUUCUUAUUAAUUUUAAUGCUCUACUCUUAAUAACUUUUUUUUUUCU